AUGGCCCUCAACCCGGCUGAAAUUGUAUUCCCUGUGGCAGCAAAUUCGGAGAUUUCGGGCGAGUCGGAGCCCAAGGCCAUAUUCUCUUACCAUGCUGGGCCUGUGAAGGUUCCGGGUCCGUGGAAGCGUGGUCGUCCCAGAGGACUCGACUCAUUGACGUCCAUUCACAGGACCGAAUCCGCAGCCACGCUCGCCGAAAUGCUCGAUCAAGGACCUCGGAAUUAA